UCUAUGGCACAGGCUGUUGAAGGUGAUGAAUGCCAUUUUAGUUCCAUGGCCAGUGAUAUUUCUUUAUAACUACUGGGGAUUACUUUACGACUUAAUUUUAACCUACUGCUUCUAGUUGUACUUUUACAUGUGCAUUAUGCAUAAAAAAGCAUAAAUUUUGAAGUAGUAGUAUUAAGGAGAAUGCUGUUGUUAAGCUAGUUCUACUUACUGCAUUUGUGAUUAUCUUUAAAGCUGGAUUCUCUUUUUGUGUUUACCGUUGCUUGAAUGUGCAGGAAGAAAAAGAGAAAAGAUUGGAGGAAAUUUUCGAGGCUGACAUUGACAAUACAUUUGAAGACAAACAUAUACCAAAGGAAGAACUUCCAGAGGAGGGAGCUGUUGCAUUAGCAGGGAAGAGAACUUUGGAAACCCUGACAACCACUGAUUCAAUUAUUGAUGCACUAGAUGUGGCGGAAGUGGAGUUGAAACGAAGAGCUGAACAUGAGGUAUUUUUCACUUACCUUGUUCAUUUGUUCUAAAUUGAUAUGUUUAUGGCUUGAACUAGAUUGUUAAGUUUGGGAAAGAAGUGGUAUCUAUCUUUGAAUGUCAAAUUUGUACUUUGACCCUCAUUAAUAAUUUUCUCUUCCCGAGAAAAGAAAAAGAAAUUUGUUGCAAUUUAUAUGUUUACUAUGUUGUAUUUAUCUUACAUAGAAACAAGAACAGUUCAACUUAUUUUUUUAUUCACAUUUAUGGUCUUUUUAUACUUUUUGUUAGAAAAAACGAUAGGAUUUUGAGUAGUAGGAAGAUAUAAAAAACUAAGAACCAAAACUCUCCAUAAAAACCACAAAAGGCUGCUAAAUGAGCGGACGAAAUACCACCACCACUACCGACUUUCUCCUCCACUCCAUCGCCACCCUCAUCGAUAUCGCCACUGCAACCGUCAAAGCUUCUAUCCCUCCAGUAAAUGCCGUUGCGGCCGUCCAUCAGCCGCAUCUUUAUCAUCACCAUCAUCCAAAUGUCCCUCUCUCACUCUCACUCAACUCCCUUGAACAGUUCCUCUGUCUCCGCUGCUAGUAGCGGCAGCACCGGUUUGUCUUGCGGUGAGGACGCUGGUGAAGUGGUAACCUGGGAACCCGAACCGUUUUCCGGCCACCAUGACAAGUAUUAUCCCAAUCCCGAUGAGAAUGCCAUUUCAAGACUCAUCGACUCGGAAUCCCAUCAUAUGCCUUUACCCGAUUAUCUCCGCCGUUGCCAGGACCGUUACGUCGACGUUAUAUCCCGUCAAGACUCCAUUAAUUGGAUGCUAAAGGUGCAUGCACACUAUCAUUUCAGUCCAGUAACGGCGUUCCUCUCCGUCAACUACUUCGAUCGUUACCUCUCUUCUUACUCACUUCCGCAAGCAAAUGGGUGGCCGUUUCAGCUUCUAUCAGUGGCGUGCUUAUCAUUGGCAGCGAAAAUGGAAGAACCCCAAGUGCCAUUGUUACUGGACCUUCAAGUAUUCGAACCCAGAUUCGUUUUCGAACCUAAAACCAUCCAAAGAAUGGAGCUUCGUGUAAUGGCUGCUCUUAAUUGGAGAUUAUGUUCAGUAACUCCCUUUGAUUAUCUCCAUUACUUCAUCUCUAAGCUCCCUUCUUGCUCGACCCGAUUACCCGAUUCGUUUUCUUCUAUUGUCGCUGCUUCUUCGGAUCUCAUUCUCAACACCACCCGUGGUAAUACUUCUAAUCUUUACAAAAGAAAAAGCAGAUUCUUAUUGAAAUUCGUUAAACUUUUGUUUUUGGUAUUUACAGUACUGGAUUUCCUCCGAUUUGCGCCGUCGACGAUGGCAGCCGCCGCCUUGCUUUGUGCUACCGGAGACAGUUUGGAAUGUCCGGCUUGUGACGUUUUUUUUCACGAGAGUGUAAACAGAGAAAUGGUGAGAAGCUGUCACCAACUAAUGGAUGAAUACCUCGUCGACACGUGUCCAUCUACUCGAUUCAAGGAGUUAAGAGUCGAGCAGCCGUCAACCGCGCCACCAAGCCCAGUCGGCGUGCUCGACGCGGCCGCUUGCAGCAGUUGUGACACGCGCUCCGAAAUUCCCGGCUCUAGCAGCAGCCAAGAAGAGCCGCCACCCAAGCGGUUACGGUCCUCUGAUCCGGAUGUACAGCAAACGUAAAUAACCCCCCCCCCUCUCCCCCUUUCCCUCCAUCUUAAUGAAAUUCGGGACCCACUUUCUUUUUGGUCUUUUUUUUCAUGUUAUUUAUAAUUUAUAUGAUGAACGGUGGGGAUAUGAUGGUAGAAAAGACGAGGGAAUUUUGUUAUUUAUAAUAAUUAAUGAAUAUUGUUAAGGGCCUUUUAGUCAAA